AAGACCACCUGCAUAUACAUGAUUCCCAGCUAUCUGUCGCAAGAAGAAAGCAAGCUCCUGCAUCGAUCGCAAAGAGUGAUACCGGAGAUGGAGCGAACCAUGAAGCCUCACCUAGUGCUCAUCCCAUGGAUAGGAGGCAUCAGCCACAUCAUCCCCAUGACCGACAUCGGCUGCCUCCUCGCGUCUCACGGCGCGGCGGUCACCAUCCUCACCACGCCCGCCAACGCGCCGCUCGUGCGGAGCCGCGUCGACCGUGCCGCGCUGCCGCACGGCGGCACGGGGAUCACGGUCACCGCGAUCCCGUUCCCGGCCGCGGACGCCGGCCUGCCCGAGGGCUGCGAGAGGCUGGACCUCCUCCGCUCUCCCGCCGACGUGCCGCGCUUCUUCACCGCCAACAAACGGUUCGGUGAGGCGGUGGCGCGGUACUGCCGCGGCGACGGCGGCGCCUCUUCGUUGCCCUGCCGGCCGACCUGCAUCGUCGCCGGAAUGGGCCACCCGUGGACACUAGGUCUGGCGCGCGAGCUCGGCGUGCCGUGCUACAUCUUCCACGGUUUCGGCGCGUUCGCGCUGCUCUGCAUCGAGCACCUCUUCAAGCACAGACCGCACGAGGCGGUGGCGUCCCCCGACGAGCUCUUCGACAUCCCCGUUCUCCCGCCGUUCGAGUGCAGGGUCUCGCGUAGGCAGCUGCCGCCGCAUUUCCUGCCAUCCACUUCCAUGGGCGGCGGGCCGCUGAAACAAGAGAUGCGGGAGUUCGACGUGGCCGUGGACGGCGUCGUGGUGAACACGUUCGAGGAGCUGGAGCACGGCUCCACGGCGCUUCUCGCGGCGGCCGCGGGCAAAAAGGUGCUCGCCGUCGGGCCCGUCUCGCUGAGCCACUCGCCGAGCCUCGAUGCGCAGACCAUGUCCGACGAUGCGUGGCGGUGCAUGGCGUGGCUGGACACCAAGGCGUACAAGUCCGUGGUGUACGCCAGCUUCGGCAGCGCCGGGUGCAUGCCGGCCGCGCAGCUCGUGCAGCUCGGCAUGGCUCUGGUCUCGUGCCCCUGGCCCGUCCUCUGGGUUGUCAAGGGCGCCGACUCCCUGCCCGACGACGCUAAGAAGUGGCUGCGCGAGAACACCGACGCCGACGGCGUGGCGGGCACCAAGUGCCUGGUGGUGCGCGGGUGGGCGCCCCAGGUGCCCAUCCUUGCUCACCCGGCCGUCGGCGGCUUCCUGACGCACUGCGGGUGGGGUUCGACUCUGGAGGCCGUCGCCGCCGGCAUGCCCAUGGCCACCUGGCCGCUGUUCGCCGAGCAGUUUGUCAACGAGAGGCUCAUCGUGGACGUGCUCGGUGUGGGGGUGUCCGUAGGCGUGACAAAGCCAACGGAAAACAUGCUCACUGCAAGUAAAACCUAUGGCAGCGAAGCCGAGGUGGAGGCGGAGGUGGGGAUGGAACAGGUGACGGAGGCCUUGGAGAGGCUGAUGGAUCAGGGAGCGGAAGGGGAGGAGAGGAGGAGGAAGGCUCAGGAGCUGAAGUUGAAGGCGAAGGGCGCUUUGGAGAAGGGAGGAUCAUCCUACGUUAAUUUGGAGAAUUUGAUCCAUUCUUUAGUUUGAAGCUGGAUACCUCUGAGUGCAUGGUUAAUGGUUGCGUCUACAUGCCGGCGUCUCGCGCUCCAGCUCACCCGAGUUGCCGAGCUUGGGAUGGCAGUCUCUACCUUUAUUAAUUUAAUGUUGUUUAUGGUCCAGCAGCCUUGCAUAGCCGAUGGGAGUCAAAGCAGCUACGCUACAGAGCAAAUAGCUCGCUUUCGGCUGACGUUUGCCAAGACGCCCGGCUCCUUCUCUCUCUUUGAAGCUAUGCUUUUUUUCUUACGUGUCCAUCGAAUAGUCCACUGAUAUCACUUAUACAUGAUUUUUUUAGCACACGUGUCUGCCUCGUUAGACAUUUACUUGUGUUAUCAAAAUUUAUGUCAUGUCAUUUUUCUGUCGUAUAAAGUUGUUGUAUCUGUUAUAGUAGGUGUGUGUUUGGAUUCUUGAAUACACGUUGUACUUGUGUUGUACGUAUGUGCCAAAAAAAAAGUGGAGGGGAUUUCA